AUGUUAUCUGCUAAAGACGGGGUGAGGCGGGAGUUGGGGAGUCUGAUACUGGACUACAAUAAUAAAACCGAUGCCCCAUCCUCUGAUUCAAUACCUAAGUCCGAGCAGGUGACAACAAAGAAGCCGGGAAUUUCAGACUUCUUAAAACAAAGAAGGACUGAGAGUGGUGUUCCAAAUGCGGCUGCUUCUGCAGUAAACAUCCUACGCAUGUAUAUGGAAAUCGAGAUUGACUCUGGGCGAGAAGACAGAAGAACAGAAGUCGCUGGCACUUACUGGAAAACAAAUAAACAUUUGGCGCCGCUUAAUAACAUGGCUUUAAAAUAUCUGUCAGUGCCAGCGACUUCUGUACCUUCGAAACGAAUGUUUUCAACUUCCGGCUAUUUCUUAUCAUUGCGAAGGAACAGGUUGCUAGGUGAUGCAGUAGAUCAACUUUAUUUUAUCCACCAAAAUUGUGAUUUAAUUAUUUAA